AUGGAUCCUAAAAUUGCAAAACAUGUCAAUGAUAUUAUUGAGUCUAUGAUGGAAUUUUUUGAAGCAUGGUCUGCCAUUGAUGAGCAGAUUGCGAAUUCUCUAAAAGCACUAGAGAAAUUAGAAGAAGAAGAAGAAAUGGAAACCAUGGGUUAUGUUGACUGCAAUCCUUUGGAUAUCCCACUAUAUGGUUUUGAAUUUGUUCCAUUUGGUGAUAUUUUGGCCAAAAAAGGUUCUGAUGUUUAUCUCAUUGAUAUAAUUGGGCAAGUGACUGCGUAUGGUGAACUAACCAAGACCGCUAAAUCGAGGUGCAUGACUAUUGAGCUGAUGGACACAAAGAAUGACAACCUAACAUGUGUUCUAUGGGGCACAUAUGCUGAUGAGAUGAUAAAUUACAUAAAUGCUGAGGGAGCUAAUGGUGCAAUUAUAGUCAUCUUACAGUUUGCAAAACGAAUCAUGUAUAAAGGUGGUGUUCGUGUUCAAAAUUCUCGAUAUGCUUCAAGAUUGUUCAUUAACACACAACUAUCUGAAAUUAUUGCUUUUAAAGAUAGCAUGUGUUGCAAAACUCAACAAAUAUCUGGCCAACUAACUCAACUGACGAAUGAUAGUGAUGACUUUUUGAAGCAAGAAUAUGUAAAAGAUAUUUUCGACAUUAUGAACAUGAAAAAGUCUUGUGUAUGCGUAUGCCUAGCCACAAUAGAGGACAUAGAUGUUGGGUAUAGUUGGUAUUACGAUGGAUGCAACAGAUGUAUGAGUGGAGUGAUUAGGGAAGAUGAUGUCAUCCGGUGUAGAAAGCAGAAUGUAGUGUUACGUAGUACAACACCAAGAUUCAAGAUAAAAUUGAUUGUUGCUGAUAAAUCUGGAGAUGCUUCUUUUAUGAUGUUUGAUAAAGAGGUGUCUAAAUUGGUUGGUAGAACAGCAAAAGAAAUGGUUGCCUCUCAAAAUCAGAUAGAAAACAAUGAGUUUCCUGAAGAAUUCAAAAGUCUAUUGGGGAAAAGAUUUUUGUUUAAGGUCACCGUGCCAUAUAAUAAUGGCGUUGAUCAAAAUUAUUCCUACACUGUGAAUUCUACGUCCGAUGAACCUAAAUUAAUUAACAAGUGGAUUGAACUUUACAUGAAGUUUGAGAACUCUAUUGUUGUGAAAAAAGAGAGUGAGGCAGAAAGUGUGCAAGAAUGUGAAGAGAACAGGAUCAAAGACACGUGUAUCCGAAGUAGGCAAGUCCUUGAAUCGGUUUCAAAGAGAAUCAUUCCAGAUGAUAGUGAUGGUGAAGCAAAUGAUAUGCAUGUUGACAAUUAUUCAAAUUCUGAUGCGCGAGUAGAAAUAAUUGAUUCAGAUCGUGUCGUUGCACAAUUGAAGGAUAUGAUUGAUCAGCAUAACCCAUUGGCCAAGAGUUUUAGAAUGGCUAGAGAUCGUUUCGAAUCAAACAACGGCGAAGACUUAAAACUUAGGCUAAUUGGAAGAAGGGAUUCUGAUGGAAGGACUUAUAACCUUCCAACAACAUCCGAAGUGGCCGCUCUUAUAGUUGGAGACAUUGAUACAGCAGAUAAGAGGGAUUAG